AUGUCCGCGGACGCCUCGGGACCGGAGACCGGACCCGAGCUGGGGUCGGAGACCGGACCCCAGCUGGGGCCGGAGACCGGACCCCAGCUGAGGCGGGAGACCGGACCCCAGCGGGAGACCGGACCCCAGCUGGGGCCGGAGACCGGACCCCAGCAGGGGCCGGGGCUGGGGCGGGAACCCCAGCCUAGGACCGACCCGGGCCAGUUGUGCCCCAAGCACAAAGAGCCUCUGAGCUGGUUCUGCCUCUCCGAGAGACGGCCGGUGUGCGCCUCCUGCGUCGAGGUUGGCGGCCGCUGUCACCGGCACCGCAUCCGCCCGGCCGAGGAGCACGCCGAGCUGCUGCGAAACAAGAUUGUGGACCAGUGUGAGAAGAUGCAGUUACAGAGUGCUGGCAUCACCAAGUAUGUGUCGGAGGUCCUGCAAGGGAAGAACCAGAAAGUAGUGAACACGGCUAGUGCAACAAGGGAACUGAUUAUCCAGAGAUUGAGUCUGGUGAGGAGCCUUUGUGAGAGUGAGGAACAGCGAUUACUGGAGAAGGUGCAUGGUGAAGAGGAGCGGGCCCACCAGAGUAUCCUGACUCAGCAGGCACAUUGGGCUGAGGCACUGAAGAAGCUGGACACCCUCCGUACCAGCCUGGUUUGCAUGCUUACCCACCUGGAUAACCUCCAGCUGAUUCAGAAGGAGCAGGAGAUUUUUGAGAGGGCUGAGGAAGCAGAGGGCAUUUUGGAUCCCCAGGAGUCGGACAAAUUAUGCUUUAACAAGAAGUGCGGUUGGAGCCCACUACUGACUCAACUCUGGGCAACAUCGAUUCUUGGGUCUCUCUCAGGCAUGGAGGAGGUGCUUAUCAAUGAAAAGACUGUCAGCCCCUUAUUGCAAUUGUCCGAAGACCGAAGGACCCUGACCUUCAGUGCCAAGAAGUCCAAGGCUUGCACAGAUGACCCAGAGCGCUUUGACUACUGGCCCAAUGCCCUGGCUUCCACCAGCUUCCAGGCUGGGCUCCAUGCCUGGAUAGUGAAUGUUCAGCACAGUUGUGCUUAUAAAGUGGGUGUGGCCUCAGUCCAGCUGCCCCGAAAGGGUUCUGGUAGUGACUGCCGUCUGGGCCACAAUGCCUUCUCCUGGGUCUUCUCUCGCUACGAUCAAGAGUUCCGAUUCUCACACAAUGGACAGCAUGAGCUUCUGGCGUUGCUUCGGUGCCCAACACAGCUGGGCGUGGUGCUGGACCUCCAAGUAGGAGAGCUGCUCUUCUAUGAGCCUGCCUCGGGGACAGUGCUUCAUAUCCACCGCACGUGCUUUCCUCUGCCGCUGUUCCCAGUCUUUGCCGUGGCUGACCAGGUCAUCUCCAUCGUUCACUGACCACCUCCCCAUCACCCAUGUAGGUCAGGCCAUGCUUCCAGCUAGUGUC